CCCAGCAGUGCCACACACAAGUUCCGCCCAGCAGUGCGCCCACCUGUGCCCAGCAAUGCGCCCACCUGUGCCCAGCAAUGCACCCACCUGUACCCAGCAGUGCACCCACCUGUGCCACCCAGCUGUGCCACCUACCUGUGCCCAGAAGUGCCACCUACCUGUGCCCAGUAGUGCCACCCACCUGUGCCCACCCACCAUCAGUGCUACCUAUCAGUGCUGUCUAUCAGUGCCCAUUAUCAGUGUCGCCUAUCAGUGCCACCUAUCCGUGACACCUCAUUAGUGCUGCCUAUCAGUGCCCUUCAGUGCUGCCUAUCAGUGCCGCCUCAUCAACGCACAUCAGUGAAGGAGAAAAAUUACCUGUUUGA